UCUCAUCCGCCCUUCUUUAAUUCCUCCAUUUCUCUCUCUCCGCAGAGGUCACAAGACAAGAACUCAGCAAGAACUGGACAAAAGCACAUCAAUGGCGUUUUCUCUUUGUCUCGUCUUUCUUCCUCUCGGGAUCCUCUCCGCUUCACUUCUUUGUCUUGCCCAAGACCAAUCAGGAUUCAUCAGCUUGGAUUGCGGCUCGCCGAAGGAAACCAGCUACCGAGAGAAAACGACCAACAUUAGCUAUAUCUCUGACGCGAAUUUCAUCGACACCGGUAUCGGUAGGAGCAUCAGAGCUGAGUACCGGACCCAGUUCCAGCAGCAAACUUGGUAUGUCAGGAGUUUUCCACAAGGGACUAGGAGCUGCUACAGUCUGAAUCUGACGGCGGGCGACGAGUAUUUGAUCCGGGCGAGUUUCUUGCAAGGCGAUUACGACAACAACACGACCCCUCGGUUCGAUCUCCAUCUCGGUCCUAAUCUCUGGACGACGGUCUCCAUCACGAAUUCGACAACUCCAUCGAUCUUUGAGAUGAUUCAUCUCUUGAAGUCAGAUCAUUUGCACGUCUGUUUGGUCAAGACAGGCGCUUCUACGCCUUUCAUUUCCGCGUUAGAGCUUCGUAAACUGAAGAACACGACUUACUUGACUCAGUCCGGAUCUCUGCAAACAUUUAUACGUGCCGAUGUUGGUUCAACUUCUGAUCUUGUCUUAAGGUAUGGAAUCGACGUGUUUGAUCGUAUCUGGACGCCGUUCAACUUUCAGAACUGGACACAGAUAAGUACCAAUAAGACAGUGAGUAUUGACAAUGACUACCAGCCGCCAGAGAUUACGAUGAGGACAGCCUCUAUUCCGAUAGACCCGAUGGCGCCGAUGAACAUAACGUUAACAGGUUUGAAUGGAACAGAACUGUUCUAUGUGUUCAUGCACAUUGCCGAGAUUCAGGAGCUCGGAUCCAACGAGACGAGAGAGUUCACUAUUGAGUACAACGGUCGGCGACUUUACGGACCCUUUAGGCCAAUUGCCUUGACCACGACCUCGGUAUUCACGCCGUUUUCCGUGGGGGCGGAUGCAAACGGGCAAUACUUGUUCACACUGAGGAGGACGGGGAAUUCGACACUGCCACCGCUUCUCAACGCCAUGGAAGUGUACUUAGUGAAUCUGUUACCUCAGGAAGGAACCGGUGAACAAGAAGUUGAUGCAAUGGUACAGACCAAAUUGGGAUAUGGACUGAACAAAAUUGACUGGCAAGGAGAUCCAUGCGUGCCACAGGAUUACCGUUGGGAUGGUGUCGCCUGCAGUUACAGCGGUAACGACCCGCCAAUAAUCACGUCUCUGAACUUGUCUGGUAAUGGAUUAACCGGGAAGAUACUGGACUCGAUAACAGGCCUUGCAAAUUUAGAAACCCUUGACUUGUCUAACAACAAUCUGUCUGGCUCGGUACCGGGAUUUCUAGCAAGGAUGAACACUCUGAAAGUAAUAAAUCUCUCGGGAAACAACCUUAACGGUUCGAUUCCCGCAAGUCUCCUUGAAAAAUCGCAACAAGGGUCGAUUACGUUAAGCGUUGAGGGUAACCCUGGUCUUUGUUCAUCUUCUUCAUGUACCCCAAAAAAGAAGAAGAACUCCGCAGUUGUACCCGUCGUUGCAUCUCUCGUCUCGAUAUUCGUCGUUGUUGCCGGGCUUGUAACCUUUCUGAUUCUUAAAAAGAAGAAGAAAAACAAGCCUGAAUUUAGUGCAGUCUCGGGUACCGGAACAACGCCUUUACACUCAAGUUCACUUCACAGUUACGAAUCGAAGAAUCGAAGGUUUACUUAUUCUGAGGUCUUAAAGAUAUCAAACAAUUUCGAGAGAAUCCUCGGUAGGGGAGGGUUCGGGAUCGUUUAUUACGGUAUCCUCGACAACAAUCCCGUCGCUGUGAAGAUGCUUACCGGCUCCUCAGUCCAAGGAUACAAACAGUUCAAAGCAGAGGUUGAGCUUCUUCUCAGAGUUCAUCACAAAAAUCUGACGAGCCUCGUUGGAUAUUGCGACGAAAACGAGAAGUUGUCACUCAUUUACGAGUUCAUGGCCAAUGGAGACUUGAAUGAACAUCUAUCAGGAAAGCGUGGACCGUCGAUUUUGACAUGGGAAGGAAGGCUGAGAAUCGCGGCGGAAUCAGCUCAAGGAUUGGAAUAUCUUCACAGUGGAUGUAAGCCUCAAAUCGUUCAUAGAGACGUCAAGACGACAAACAUCUUACUGAACGAGAAAUUCGAAGCCAAGCUCGCAGAUUUCGGGCUGUCCCGUUCUUUCCCGCUCGGUAACGAAACCCAUGUCUCGACCGUUGUUGCGGGAACACCCGGAUAUCUCGAUCCCGAGUACUACAGAACGAACUGGUUGACAGAGAAGAGCGAUGUUUUCAGCUUCGGGGUCGUGCUUCUAGAGAUAAUCACGAACCGGCCCGUGAUCGAUCAGAGCCGGGAACGAGCUCACAUCGGAGAAUGGGUGGGAUUGAUGCUGACGAGGGGAGAUAUAAACAGCAUCGUCGAUCAGAAGCUGCAAGGAGAUUUCGAUCAGAACUCGAUCUGGAAAGCUGUGGAAACAGCGAUGGCGUGUCUGAACCCUUCUUCCGCUCGGAGGCCGACAAUGACUCAGGUUGUCGUGGAGCUCAACGGAUGCUUGUCAAUGGAGAUGGCGAGGAACCAAGGGAGCCGAAUGACGGAUUCAACCAACGAUUCUUCGAUCGAGCUCACCAUGAAUUACACCACUGAGCUUUACCCUGGAGCAAGAUGAUUCUGCUCUUGUCCAAGUAUGUGUGAAAUCAAAGUGUUUACAGCAAGGAUUCUUUGUGAUCAUAUAUUGAUACUUAAGUAUUAGUAACUUAAAAAAAACUAAAUACUUAAUUAAAUAUAUAACGUCUCUUAAUUACAUUGUUUAA